UUCUGCCUCAUAAUUUAUAAGCCCAUGAAUUCCAUAAACAUGGACGCCAUUAACAAGUUUCGAGUUAUUUUGUAUCAAUAUAGAUUUCAAAUUUGUUCAAGAACCUACCUACUGCAAGUUGAGAUAAAAAUGAGUUUGGCACUGAGCAUUCCAAGCAAUAGAAAUUGCAGCAGCUAUGGACAGCCUGACCGGAAUUCCGUCUCAGGAUUCGAUCCUGGCGUUCAAUUUAGAGAGACUCGAUCAUCUUACUUCCUCGAUGUUAAUCUUCCAGGGCUGAGGAAAGAGGAUAUAUGGCUCCAAAUGGACAACACGCGGGCUCUGCUCAUACGUGGUCAAAGAUAUGUUCAAGACAUGGGUAUGGUUGGGUGGACAUGGCACCUCAUUCAGCGUGGGAGCUCAAGAAGGAGGCCAUUCAGAAUACCCAAUGAUGUUCACGUGGCAGCCGUGACUGCCAAUUUUCAUCAGGGUGCUCUGCAUGUUGUGAUGCCCAAAUUCAGAUGGAACAGAUUCAGUCCUUACCAGCUCAAUUACCGCUCUAAUUGUAAUCUUCAGCUCCAACUUUAUCCACCCAUGGCGCCGCCAAUGCUGGAAGCUCCUACCCAUAGCCCUCAAGCUGCAGGGAGAACAGGGGAAACAGGGGAGUUUUUAUGCGAGGAGAUCAUCUGCGAGGGUGCUGCUGAUGAAGAAGAAGAAGAAGAAGAAAAAUUGCUGGAAAUUCGUUUGGAGAUGGAAAUCAUCGAAGAAAAUGAAGAAACUUCCACAGUGGAAUCGCAAGAUCGUUCAUCAGAGCAGCCCCAGAGAGUACUGAUAGAGGAAUUGAUAGAGGAGAAGGUGGAGGAUUUGGGUGUUUCUGCAUGCGAGGAUCAGAAGUGCGAGUCGCCUGGUUCAGAUUUGAAAGUGGAAGCCCGAAAAGACAUUGCAGCUGAGGAAGUACUGAAUUCUUCUGGUUGUGAGACGAGCACCGUAUCUACAGAUGUCGAUGAGAAGAAAGGAACAAGAUCAGGUGAAGAAGGGGACAAAGAAUGUGAUCAUGAAAAUGCAAAGACGGAGAUAACGAUGGAUUCUGGUGCUGCUGCUGACAGUGGAAAGGUGGAAAGCGCAAAAGUAGAGGAGGAUUCUCAGUCACAGUCAGUUCUGCGAAAGGCGGAAUGCGAAAUAGUAGAGGAGGAUUGUCAGUCUCAGUCACAGCGAAAGGGCGGUCUGUCUUAUCUGUUCUCAUCGAUUGCAGAGAUAGCUGCUCGGAAGUUCAGACGCAGAUAAUACCUUAACGAAACAGAGCACAUUCACAAUUACCAGUUCAUCCCCCAUGGAUUAUUUUGUUUUUCUUUUUAUUAUUCUUUCCUGCUAUUUGAAAGCGUAAUGUAUUUCUAUGUAAUUUGUUUUUUUGAAAUCUGGAGUCUAUUUGCCUACAUUAGGCUCAUGCUCCUAUACUUAAGGGGUUGUAAAGAUAUGUGAGAUUAUUGUAGAAUUUUUUCAAUAAAUAUAAAUAAAAAUACAAUUAUACAAAU